UGCUGCUCCUCCUCCGCGCUGCGCUUAAGGUCACCGCUGUCUGUCACUCGGUAGCUAACCGGCGUAAGAGACCCAGCGAAGGAAGGAGUGAAGGAAAGAGCCGGCGGAACAACAGAAACAAGCGACAUGUCUCUGUCUAACAAGCUCACCCUGGACAAGGUGGACGUCAAUGGCAAGCGGGUCAUUAUGAGGGUCGACUUCAACGUUCCAAUGAAGGACAAGCAGAUCACAAACAACCAGAGGAUCAAGGCGGCCGUUCCCACAAUCCAACACUGCCUGGACAAAGGAGCCAAAUCUGUCGUGUUGAUGAGCCAUCUGGGACGCCCCGACGGAAACGUUGUGCCUGAGAAAUACUCCCUGGAGCCCAUCGCCGCCGAGCUCAAGACCCUGCUGGGGAGAGACGUCACCUUCCUGAAGGACUGCGUGGGUGCAGAGGUGGAAGCUGCCUGCGCCAGCCCCGCCACCGGAUCCGUCAUCCUGCUGGAGAACCUCCGCUUCCACGUCGCCGAGGAGGGAAAGGGCAAGGACUCCUCUGGCAACAAGACGAAGGCCUCUCAGGGCGACAUUGACUCCUUCAGGGCGUCUCUGUCCAAACUGGGAGACGUUUACGUCAACGACGCCUUCGGCACGGCUCACAGAGCCCACAGCUCCAUGGUGGGAGUGAAUCUGGAUCAGAAGGCGGCCGGCUUCCUGAUGAAGAAGGAGCUGGACUACUUUGCCAUGGCUCUGGAGAAGCCUCAGAGGCCCUUCCUGGCCAUCCUCGGAGGAGCGAAGGUGAAAGAUAAGAUCCAGCUGAUCGACAACAUGUUGGAUAAGGUCGACGAGAUGAUCAUCGGCGGCGGCAUGGCCUUCACCUUCCUCAAAGUCCUCAACAACAUGGAGAUCGGUACCUCCCUGUACGAUGAGGAGGGGGCCGGCAUCGUCAAAGACCUUAUGGCCAAAGCCGAGAAGAACGGCGUAAAGAUCACGCUGCCCGUCGACUUCAUCACCGCAGACAAGUUUGACGAGAAAGCCACCGUCGGCACCGCGACCGUCGCCGCCGGCAUCCCCGCCGGCUGGAUGGGUUUGGACUGUGGACCAGAGAGCUCCAAGGCCUUCGGGGAGGCGGUGGCCAGGGCCAAGCAGAUCGUCUGGAACGGCCCAGUUGGCGUGUUUGAGUUCGACAACUUUGCCAAAGGGACAAAAAACAUGAUGGACAAAGUGGUCGAGGUGACCAAAUCAGGCUGCACCACAAUCAUCGGUGGGGGCGACACCGCCACCUGCUGCGCCAAGUGGGACACAGAAGACAAAGUCAGCCAUGUGAGCACAGGAGGCGGCGCCAGCCUGGAGCUGCUUGAGGGUAAAGUCCUGCCAGGUGUGGACGCACUGAGCAGCGCCUAAACUUCCUGUCAGCCUGCUGUUUGCGUGAAUGUGCGAGGACGUGUGUGUGUGUGUGUGUGUGUGUGUGUGUGUGUGUGUGUGUGUGUGUGUGCGUGUCUGUCUGGAGAGGUGGGUACCUGCGUCUGAAACGUAAAAAACAAGAAAUUGACCUGCUGACUCAAAUGGCUGAAACUCAUCAGAUUGUUACCGUCGCCUGAAUCUGGGUUUAAUCUGUCCGUUCAGUCCUGAGAUACUUAAGCACCGGCUCGUGUGUGUGUGUGUGUGUGUGUGUGUGUGUGUUGCUGGCUCACUUUUGAAUAACCACCCACUUGGAAACAUCACCCACAUUAAAUGUAAUGAAACGGUUAAUUUGCUGUACGUAGGCUUUCUGUCUUUUAAAUCUGGUUGUUCAGACGGAGACGCCGCGUCGACGUCGACUGAUCUAUUCAGAUUUAAUAAAUCUGCGUGAAAACUGAA